AUGACUACCCUUCAUCUUCUACCUACCAUCAUGCUCUUCCACCUUCUUUUCCUCUCCAUUAUCUUUCCCUUUCCCUCCGUAGCCUCCAACAACGCCCAAUGGCAGCUUCUACACAAGAACAUCGGCAUCGUUGCCAUGCACAUGCAGCUCCUCAACAACGACCGUAUCAUCAUCUUCGACCGCACCGACUUCGGCUACUCCAACCUCACCCUCCCCAAUGGCAAGUGCCGCAGCGACCCCUCCGACAAAGUUCUCGAAACAGAUUGCACCGCUCACUCAGUCGAAUACGACGUAGCAUCCAACACCUUCCGCGCCCUGUUCGUUCAAACCGACGUCUGGUGCUCCUCCGGCGGAGUCAUCGCAGACGGCACCCUCAUCCAAACCGGCGGAUACAACGACGGCGAACGCAAAGUAAGGUCCUUCGCUCCAUGUGAAUCGCCUGAGGACUGUGAGUGGCAAGAAACCGACAAUGCCCUCGCCGUAAGAAGAUGGUACGCCACCAAUCACUAUUUACCAGAUGAACGACAGAUUAUAAUCGGAGGAAGAAGGCAAUUCAACUACGAGUUCUUCCCCAAGAGAAAAAUAACAGAGAAUAACAAACCCUUCGUGUUACCGUUUCUGGUACAGACCAAUGAUAAGGGUGCAGAGAAUAAUCUUUAUCCCUUUGUUGUUUUAAACGUGGACGGAAAUCUUUUUAUUUUCGCCAACAACCGUGCGAUUCUGUUUGAUUACCAGAACGACGCCGUUGUGAGAACGUACCCCGAGAUACCCGGGGGAGACCCUAGGUCUUAUCCUAGUACCGGUUCCGCGGUUUUGCUACCUUUGAAGAAUUUGGAAGCGGCGAGGGUGGUGGCUGAGGUUUUGGUAUGCGGUGGGGCCCGCAGAGGGGCUUAUCAGCUUGUGCCCAGGGGAGUUUUCUCCCAAGCGUUGGAUUCUUGCGCAAGGAUUAAGAUCACGGAUCCGAAUGCCACGUGGGUGGUGGAGACCAUGCCGAUGGGGCGCGUGAUGAACGACAUGGUCCUGCUCCCCAACGGCGACGUUUUGAUUAUAAACGGAGCUAAAUCGGGAACGGCGGGGUGGGAGAAGGCGGAUAAUCCGGCUCUUGAACCGGUUAUAUAUAAACCAAACGGUUCAGUUGGGUCGCGGUUCGUGCUGCAACCCGCUUCGAACAUUCCUAGGAUGUACCAUUCGACGGCCAUUUUGGUUCGUGAUGGAAGAGUUAUCGUAGGUGGGAGCAACCCUCACGAGAAAUACAUGUUCUCAAAUGUGUCGUACCCUACGGAGUUGAGUUUGGAAGCGUUUUCUCCUCAGUAUUUGGACUCUCAGUUUUCACCUCUACGUCCCAUUAUUUUAGAGCCUUCUUCUCAUGCGAACUUGAUUUAUGGCGAGAAAUUCAAGAUGAGUAUUGAGGUGAAAGGAACCCUUGUGCCUGAGUUAUUGUCCGUGACGAUGUUUGCGGCGCCAUUUAACACGCACUCUUUUUCCAUGAAUCAAAGGUUGUUGGUGUUGUCGAUGGGUGAAGUUAAGGUUAGGGGGAAUUCGAGUUGUGAAUUUGAGGUGACGGCGCCUGGUUCAGCUGUUCUUGCACCACCCUCGUUUUAUAUCAUAUUUGCAGUUCAUCAACACGUUCCUAGCGAGGGAGUUUGGAUCAAGAUGCAAUGA